GUCAGAGGACCUGCUCCUUUCUGGUUUUCGUGGCGGCAGAUAAAUGGGGCACGUGGGAUUCCUUUCUUUCCCUUUCUUUCUCCCUCGCUCUCGCCGCUUUCCUUUCCCCAAACACAGGCCCAGCCCUCGACUCCAAAUUUGGCCAUCUCAUCAGAGCCAACUGAAGCACCAGCCCUGUUUCGGCCCGAUGGCAGCUAUGAGUGAUGACCCAAUUCGUGAAUGGAUUCUCACAGAAGGAAAGGCCACUCAGAUUACGAGAAUUAGUCCCAUUGGGGGUGGCUGUGUCAGUCAUGCAAGCCGAUAUGAUACAGAUUCUGCUAGGAGAAACUAUAGCAAGCUCCAAAAAAGGGAAAGAGAGUUUCGAAAUCAUCAAUUUCUGACCAUGCUGUUAUUACUAAAAAUUGGACCAUCAAUGUUUGAAGGAGAGGCUCUUGGUUUAAAUGCAAUGUAUGCCACCAAAUCAAUUCGUGUUCCAAAGCCGUAUAAGGUUGGACCUUUACCAACUGGUGGCUCCUAUAUUAUCAUGGAAUUUAUCAAGUUUGGAUCUUCCAGGGGAAGUCAGUCGGUUCUAGGCCAAAAGCUUGCUGAAAUGCAUAAAGCUGGGAAAUCUGAGAAGGGCUUUGGGUUUGAUGUUGAUAAUACAAUUGGCAGUACUCCCCAGAUAAACAGUUGGUCUUCAGAUUGGAUUGAGUUUUUUGCUGAGCACAGAUUGGGCUAUCAAUUAAAGCUGGCACUGGAUCAGUAUGGAGAUUCCAUUAUACAUGAAAAAGGUCAGAGGUUAGUAAAGAAUAUGCGACCCCUUUUUGAAGGUGUUGUGAUUGAACCGUGCUUACUUCAUGGAGACUUGUGGAGUGGGAACAUCGGUCGUGAUGAGAAUGGUGAUCCGGUUAUAUUGGAUCCAGCAUGUUACUAUGGGCACAAUGAGGCAGAAUUUGGAAUGUCAUGGUGUGCUGGGUUUGGUGGAUCAUUUUAUAAUUCCUAUUUUGAGGUUAUGCCCAAACAGCCUGGCUUUGAGAAUAGGAGGGACUUGUACAAGCUGUAUCAUUACUUGAAUCACUAUAAUUUAUUUGGGUCAGGAUACCGGUCCUCGGCUUUGUCCAUCAUCAAUGACUACCUGUAUAUGCUAAAAGCUUAGACAUGGUGUAUGAUAUAAAACAAAAUCCUCACUGCAUGCAAAUUCUCUUGCGAUUGUUGCAUAUCCUUUGUGGUAAACUUUCACCUGGUUGUCUGUAUACCUGUGUAUUGUACUCUAUCGGCUUGGAUAUGAAGGAUAUGAAGGUUCUCACUG